GCUGUUCAGGAUUUUGGAAAGGAGGAGCACGCUCUUUUUCCUCAUUUCACUACUACUACGUUUACCCUGCAGUCACGUUCACACUUGCAUCACUUCAUCUCCACAUCUGACUGCCCUCUCUAAACUCUACAAUAUUUGACCCUUAAGGCUUCUCUACAGAGAUUCUCCAGCUUUUGAUUUUCAGUUCCACCAUCAGCCAUGUUGAUUAUUUUGGCCUUCAUCAUCCUCUUCCACAUCACCUCAGCAAUACUACUCUUCAUAGCAACCAUCAGAAAUGUAUGGUGGGUUUGGGAGGAUUACGCCGUAGAUCUCUGGUAUAACUGCAACUCCACAAAUUGUUAUGAUAUACCGAACAGUUCAACCUAUGGUGCAGCCUAUCUUCAGACUGUCCAGGCCACCAUGAUAAUGGCUACUAUCUUGUGCUGUGUGGGUUUCUUUGUCUUCAUCCUUCAGCUCUUCCGUCUGAAGCAGGGCGAGAGAUUUGUCUUCACAGCCAUCAUCCAGCUCUUGUCUGCUUUCUGUGUGAUGACCGGUGCAUCCAUCUACACAGCAGAGCACUUAAACUUCGAAGACACAAGAAAGAAUAAGAAUGGAGAGUAUGGGUACGCCUUCGUUCUGGCCUGGGUCGCGUUCCCCAUGACGCUACUGAGCGGCUUUAUGUAUCUAGUGCUAAGAAAACGCAAAUGAAGCACCACAUACCACCUCACUAGCUGCCACCAGCUACAGCCUUAGCCAAGAGACUUGUAAUGAUACUUGUUUUUGUUUGAAUGAAGUAGAUCAUCUUAUUAAUCACUGCAUACUGGAAACUUUAUUAGAUUAUAUGCAUAGUAUGUCACUUUUUUUUUUUUACCCUGUUGUGUAUAAUUUAGCUCUACCUGCUCAGUAAAAAGUGCUGUGAUUAAGAGAGGUAAAAUAGGGUGAUGGAAAAAAGACAGGAAUGGGAGAUAUAAUACAAUAUAUUUAAAACAUGGAACCACUAUGAGCUCAACAUGUAUUCAUACACAAUGCAUGAUGUAACACUUAGUGUGUAGCAGAUAACAUGCUAGUGUGAUGUUUCCUGGUCAUUACAUGUGCCUGGGGAAAAAGUCAUUAAACACAAAAUAUGAAAAAAUUGUGCUGCCAGUUCGCUGAGCACUAUAUCUUACUUGAAACUUAACAAAUUAUCAAUAUUAGUGGCAUGAUGUGUUCUUGUGUAUAGGUUUUUUUUUUUUUUUUGUUUUUUUUUGUAAAAUAGUCUUUUAGUGCUGACUAAUUACAUUGCAUGUUUGUUUUUUUGUUUGUUUUUUUUGCAGCAUUUAAUUUGAAAUCACUAUUAACAUAAGUACAGAUCUGUAGUUCUUAAGGCAUUGUGUUUGAUUAGGGCACUUGGGAUUUAUUUCAUAUUCAUGCGAAUAACUUUAAGAUGAUGGUGUUGGUGAAGCACACCGAUGGUUUCAGUUUUCAUGUCUAAUAUGUAAUCAUUUCGUCCUCAAAUCUGCUAUGGAAUAAAAAGCAAUUAGCUAAUAUUAUUUAGACGAAAGUGAAAUUAAGCUGUAUUUAUUAAGACUAACUGCAUUGUUUCUGUUAAUAUAUUUUGUAAUGAAGUAUUAUAUCAAAUGGAGUGUUAAUGUUUGUUUAAUGCUUAAUUUUCAGAAGGUUUUAAUGAAUAUUAGUGAAGGCUUUUGUGUUGGAAUGAAACCACAAUGGCAGCUUUGUUUUUAAAUGUCUGCUGAGUUGUUCAGGUCAGGUCUGUUUCUGGAGAUUGAUCCAAGGGCUUAAUAUUGUUCUUUUUUUAUCAAAUAAAUGUAUUUUACAUUAACAAACA